CAUGGGUGGGAGGGGAGAAAGGGAUGCUGUUGCCAGGGAACACUGGCGACAUCGAGAACCACUGACAACUGCAGCAUGAUUAUUACAGAGAUCAGUGCUUCAAGCUGCUUCAGGAUUAAAAAAAGCUUCUCCCAUUGUAGAAUCCAGUCACUAAAAGUAGGGUCAGGAAAAAGUGGAUAUUCAAAGCCAGUAUAGAGAGAAGUGACGAGAUCAUGAUGCCGCAGCCGAUACACUCUGACUGAAGAAAUUCGAUUUGGACAUCAGGGCUACUAAGAGGCAGUCUGUGGACACGCUCUUCACAGUCAGUCUCAUCCCAACAAAGGUGGACAGACGCGAAGGAAGGGAAACGAAGAGGGUGGGGGUUCACAGAGCAGAGUACAGAGGUGCCCCCUGUCUUCAAGCACCUGCUGCUGGCUAGCGACUGACAUUGAGGACACUGUCUGUGUGUCUGUGCAUGAGUAUAUGUGCAUGUGAAGUAGGGCAAAAGGGGACACAUGCAUUUGUGUCAGUUUGGAGGAUCAGCUCACAUUUUUGCUCCUGUGAUUGAAGAGAAGGAAGGACAUAUACAUACAUACGGACAGACAGACGAUCUAAAGAAUUUGAAGGAGACCGCCACGAUCUAAUGCCCCUGCUUACCUUACUGAGGGAUGGGCACUACAGAAGCGACACUCAGAAUGGAGAGCAUGGAAGUGAAAGACGAGUGGCAGGAUGAAGACUUCCCUAGACUUUUACCUGAGUACGGAGACAUGGACCCCACAUGUGGCCUCACAGACAACAGAACAGCCCCUCCCAACUCCAUGAAUGUGAGCCCACCUGGAGGAGGCGCAGGUGUAUCGUCCUCGCAUCGAACACGCCGUACAUUGGUUGCCCCGGAGAUGACUCUGUCCCUGGAUAAAAGCGAGGGAUCCCUGCUGUCGGAUGAUUUUCUGGACACACCUGACGACCUGGACAUCAACGUGGAUGACAUCGAAACGCCAGAUGAGACGGACUCGCUCGAAUUUAUCACCAAUGGCAAUGACCUGGAGUGGGAAGAUGACACUCCAGUGGCCUCAGCCAAAGCGGGUCCGACUGGUGGUACGGGAGACUUGGAGGAGGAAGGAAACGCCAACAACGGACGCCUGUGGAGGACGGUGAUCAUUGGAGAACAGGAGCACAGGAUUGACAUGCAGAUCAUUAGACCCUACCAAAGAGUCAUCUCACAUGGAGGUUAUUUUGGGGAAGGCCUGAACGCCAUCAUUGUAUUUUCUGCAUGCUACCUGCCUGACAGCAGCAUCCCAGAGUACCACUACGUCAUGGAAAACCUCUUCCUGUAUGUGGUGAGCAGUCUUGAGAUGCUCGUAGCCGAAGACUACCUGAUCAUCUACAUGAAUGGAGCCACACCCAGGAGUAAGAUGCCUGGAAUCGGCUGGCUCAAGAAAUGCUACCAAAUGAUUGACAGAAGGUUGAGGAAGAACUUGAAGUCUCUGGUCAUUGCUCAUCCUACUUGGUUCAUACGCACUGUGCUGGCAAUUUCCAGGCCCUUUAUCAGUGUGAAGUUCAUGAAUAAGAUCCAGUAUGUUCACAGCCUGGAUGAACUGUCCCUAAUGGUCCCUAUGGAGCACGUACAUGUACCAGAAUGUGUUAUGCAGUUUGACGAGGAGAGGAUUAAAGCUCGCAGGGAGAGGAUGGAGCAAGAGGAGAGGCAGCAGGUAGAACCAGUCAAGAAAAAGUCAGACAGGCCAAAGUCAAUGAUUGUAGAGCAGGGACUAUGAAAAGGGAAGAAUUCUCUCAUUAAAAAGUGUGCCACUUGGAGCAUCAAUCUAUUCAUCAAAGCCGCAAAGACUCCGUGUGUGCUUCCUUGUGGGCUCAUCAUCUUUCGAACACAUUACAGUGGCAAAUGUGCAUUUGCAAAGGAUCUUCCCUUGGACUUGACUGGUGAACUUUUGCACUUUAAUCUUUGAGUGACUCACGUUGAACAUUUGUCCUCCAUGUUUCACUGGAAGACUGACAAAAGGAUUUCUCCCUCUCCACAUCCCGGUAAAAACUGCACAAAUGAUGCAAGUGAGGGUCUGUUUAUCAGAGGCCCAAUCAGAAAGUAAAACCAGAUGGAUAGAAGAGCGGUUGGGUAAAAAGUGUUUUGGGUGUAAAUACUGCAAUACAUUAUUUGAUUUUGCUGCAUGUUGUGAUUUCAUAAAGCCUUUCAAGCUCUCUCAUUUGUUCUACUGACCAGAGAAUCGAGAAUGUCCAUGAUGCACCGACAAGGUCAUUCUCUAUGAGCUCCAUCUCUACUUUUACAUUUUACCAUGUGCCUCUAUCGCUUGCGUUUAAAAAGCAGAGGUAUGUGAACCAUUUGCCCAUGCACGCUCAUACCAGUUUACUACAUAUUUACACCCUUUUGACUUAAGCUACAAAUAACCGCAAACCAAGGCUGAACAAUCAUUUUGGAUAAUCCUGCUGAAAUGCAAACAAACAUAACUGAAAAGAAUAACAUAAACUUCCUGGUAGAAGUAAUGAACAAACUGUUUUAAAUCCUUCAUUGUACUUUCUCCGUAUUGAUAAAUCAUACACGUCAAAGGAUGUGUUCAUCUGCAGCCACCUUGCACUGUAUUUUCCAAAAGGGGAUAAUCCUGCUGAUUUUAAAACAUGAAUGAAUUAGAGCUUCCCUUCUUCUUUAUAGCAUGUUUACGAUCAUACAAAUAGAUUGAACAUAAAAUAGAUGAAUUUUGGUAUCACUUAGUUUUGCUCAUUUUGGUUAUUGAAGUUUACAUACUGUACUUUUUGCACUACUCUUCAAAGCACAGACACACUUUUAUUUUUAUAAAUGCAAAUUAAAAGGCAUAAGUGCAUUUUGUCAGUUUAACACAGAAAUUACAUUUUAAUACUGGACCGGAUAAACCCCAAGUCUGAACCUUUCUCAAAUAUCCCUUUUUGUGGAGAGCUAUUGGUUUUCCUUUUGCACUCCCUCUAUUGUCUUCCAUUGAUGCAACAGUUAUGGUAGCGGCAGUACAAAAUGCCACAAAUUAUUUUUCUAUUAAACGUGCAUCAUUGUAUCGCUUUCAACAUUUGGAAUUGUGUGAUUUGUUUGGUAGUGGGAUGGCCUUUGAAAUGUAUUUAGUUUUAUUAGUAUUAACUUGAAAUGCGUAGAAAUAUGACAAAUGUUAUUUGUUACUUUUAAUUUCUCAAUUAAUUUGAUAUUUUGUGACUAUUCAGAGAAAUCGAGAGUUCCCUUGAAAUCAUCUACCAAGCCCGAUGAUCUUUGUUUUGUUUAGUCCCCCAUGUUGAAGUCAUUGAUAAAAAUGAUGAAAUAUGACAAUUAGCCAUACUGACUUCUCACAUGUCGCCAAAUUCUGUGCCGUUAUCGCAAUGCUGUGAAGACAAACAUGAACUCACAACUUUCCAAAAUGAUUUUCCUUUUGUUCAUAAAUAGUCACACAGACGCUGGCUGUUUUAAUUAUUUCUUUAUUUUUUGCUGUUUUGAUUGCGAUACAACAGAUUGUUUUUGUUGUUAUUCAGACAUAUAGUUAGAUGAUUAACUCUGCUUUGUAAAUUGAACUAAAUAAAUAAUCCCUCCCUAAAA